UACUCCACAGUCGUAUCCUUACUCUGAAUCUGUGAUAACCUUCCACCUUUGAAGCCCUAACACUAAAUAACGCCGUUAAUUUUCCCGUAACUCAGAAAGAAGAAGAUCGUCGCCGUCGACGGCAGCCGGGACAGCCUGUUCGCCGUUCCGCUCCACGGUGAUCCGUUGCCGGUUGGGGAGCUUCAGCAAACACGACUGUCACUGAGUCCGAUAGAGGCUGAGAAGUGCUGAAGGCAAAGAAGAAAGGGGAGAAAAUGGCGGGAAGGGCUUCGAAUUUCUCGGAUCUGAUUCAGCGAGUGGCGGCUUCUUGCUUGCUCCAUCCACUCGCCGCCGGCCGGUACGAUUCCUGUGAUUCACCUGUGAAUCGACGCGCCGGCGAUGAGGAGGACGAAAUGUACGAGCACGAAGCCGGCGACAAGCACGACGGAAAGGAGGAAGACGAAGACGAUGAAGUGAUUGACGGGGGAGGUUUAGGGGUAACGGUUGGGGAGGAUCGGGGGUUGACGAAGGCGAAGGAGGUGGUGGAGAUGGAGAUGGCAAUGAGGGAGGUGUUCGACGCCGUUGCAGCGAUGAAGAAGGCGUACGUCAGCCUCCAAGAGGCCCACAUCCCGUGGGACCCGGAGAAGCUCAGGGCAGCUGACGCGGCGGUGGUCGGUGAGCUGAGAAAAAUUGGGGUACUGAGAGAGAGGUUCCGAAGAAGGCGUUGUAGCGGCGGCGGAGAGCGAGUAAUGGCGGGGAGUAUGUUGAGGGAGGUGGUGGCUCCGUACGAAGCGGCAGUGGACGAGCUGAAGAGAGAGGUGAAGUCCAGAGAGGUCGAGAUCCAGAACCUCAAGGAGAAGCUAAACGGCGCCGUUAACGGGUCCCACUCGAAGAAGGGCAGGUCCGUGUCCAGAAGAAAAGUCGGCUGCAUCACUCUAGCCGAAGUUGCAGUAUCUCCGGCGCCGGAGCUGUUCGAGGCGACGAUGAGCCAAGUGAGAGAGAAAUCCAAGUCGUUCACGUCGCUGCUCCUCUCCCUCAUGCGCGCGGCCCACUGGGACAUCGCCGCCGCUGUGCGAUCAAUCGAAGCCGCCACCGCCACCACCGGCGGGAUCAACACGACAUCGUCGGUCAUCGCAACGCAGAACGGCAACGCCAAGUACGCGCUGCAGUCCUACAUUUCGAGGAAGCUCUUCCAGGGCUUCGAUCACGAGACGUUCUACAUGGACGGCAGCCUCUCGUCGCUGCUCAACCCAGACCAGCACCGCCGCGACUGCUUCGCCCGGUACCGCGACUUCAAGGCCAUGGACCCCACCGAGCUGCUCGGGAUCCUGCCCACGUGUCAGUUCGGGAAGUUCUGCUCCAUCAAGUACCUGGCCGUCGUCCAUCCCAAGAUGGAGGAGUCGUUGUUCGGGGACUUGGAGCAGAGACGACAUGUCGUAGAAGGGGGGCACCCGAGGAGCGAGUUUUACGGGGAGUUUCUGGGGCUGGCGAAGGCGGUGUGGCUGCUGCACUUGCUGGCGUUUUCGCUUGACCCGCCGCCGAGUCAGUUCGAGGCGAGUCGAGGGGCGGAGUUUCAUCCGGGUUAUAUGGAGAGUGUUGUGACGUUUGCGGGCGGGCGGGUUCCGGCGGGUCAGGUUGUCGGGUUUCCGGUGUGUCCCGGGUUUAAGCUUGGGAAUGGAUCAGUUAUUAAGGCUAGGGUUUAUCUGAUAAAUAGGAAUUAAAGUCGUUAAUGUGGUGGGCUUAAGGCUUAGGUCUCUAGUGAAUAGCGUGGCUAAUGUUACUAGACUCUAGUUCUCUGGUGUUGAGAUGUGUCACUGCCUGCUAUGUAGCAUGUGUAACUGUUAUUGCACUGUUUCAUUUAAACAUAAAUCGCUCUUUUAUCAAAUUUGAAAAUCUUUUAAUUGCGGACAA